AUAUAUACUUAACAUCCCUAUGUCAUAACACCUGAGGUUGCCCCCGCUGUAUUUUUAAUUAAAAACCAUUAGACAAAAUGAACCUGGGACGACUUCUGACACCUCUCCAGGUUGGCACAGCGCUGGCCCGCAGCUAUGGAAAGCACAACAAGAAGUAUCUUUACAAGGAUGGCAAGAAAUACGAGGGUAUUAUAUACUACCCCAGAACUUCUGACCAUCAGGAUCCGCCUAUAGAGCCCGCUAAACUGUUUCGCGUGCAGCGCAUCAAGCCGAUUAAGGGGAAUCCUUUCUGGGAGAAGCGCAUCCUCAAAGACCUGGGCUUGGAUGGCAAACAAAGCGACUACACGGUAGUCAAGAACAUACCCGAGAACAAUGCCCGUCUGUGGAAGAUCAAGCAUUUAAUUAAGGUGACACCGGUCACGUUUCCAUAUGGGGAGCCCACGGCACAGGAUGUCAAGUACACGAUACUCAAGGAUAAUGGCGAGUGCCUGGUCACCAAGGACAUUGGCCAAGUGGAAGUGCGCACGGAGGCUCGCGAGGCAUUUGACCAACAACCGAAGCGCCUUGACACGGACCUGCUAAGGAAGGAUUCUCGACUGAAGUGGCUCAAUCCUUGGUGAAAGAGAAAACGCCUGUCUGUGGCGUCUUUAUUACUUUAACAACAAUAAAAAUAUCAAAUGGA